AUGGCUAAGAAACCCAUUUCAAAGCACUCACGUGCUGCUAGAAGAUCAGAGGCUGCAGAACCAGAAGCGAAGGCUCUCGAAACAUUACCAAGAACAGAAAAGACUGAUUUUGCAGCAUCACUAAUCAGAACUGCUAAUAAGAACGAACAAUUACUGGAAGCUAAGCUGAAUAAACGUGGUCCAAGAAACAAGAAAAAGAGCUUGGGAAGAGUAGGAAAACAACAGCUUGAUGACAGUUCUUUAACAAGUAGUAAAGUUAUGCGUGUGUUGAAUGUUAACAAUAGGCUUGAUGGUAAAAGAGAAAGAGCUAUCCAUAGGGCCAAGUACGUACAGUCUGCACGUAAGGCUGGGUGGGAUUCUACAAAUGCAAAAAUCAGAGAUGAACUGAAUAUUUUACAAAACAUACAACCAGUAAGCGAAGAAAAGGACCAAGCCGAUAAUCAAGACAAUGGGAAAGAAACUGGCGAUGAACAGUCCAUGGAUGACAAUGAAGUAGAAGUGUACGAUAGUGCAAAAGUUCAACAAUCAACUGAACUACCUGUACAACCCUCAAAUGUUAAUACAUUCGCAUCUUUGGAAGAUGAGGUCGAAGCAUAA